AUGGUUCAAGUAGUCGCAGCACCACAGCAUCAGUCGACCAUUCAGAAUAAGUUCCUUGAAGCUAGUAACCUUUUCCCUGAUAUAGGUGUCUCAACUUCACAAUCUCAGAAUCAAUCUACUGGACCUGAGAUUCCUGACGCUAAUAUAGGCGGUUCUAGUUCACGAGAUCAGGAAUCACAAGAAGAUCAAGGAAAACAGGGGAAAAUAAUUUCAAGGACAAAGAAAAGAUUGAAUAAUAAUAACACAGAUCCCAUUGUGACCAUGUCAUUAAUUGAUGAUCUCCAAAGGCUUGGAAUAGCUUAUCACUUUGAUGAGGAGAUUCAAGCACUUUCAAGCCAAUGCUUCAAUUUCCAAAGUGGAAAAGAUGAUCUGUUUGGCACUUCUCUUUGCUUCAGAUUGCUCAGGCAACAAUGCCAUAAUGCAUCCAUAGAUAUGUUCCUUAAGUUCAAGGACAAAAAUGGGAGGUUCAAGGAAGAGUUGAGCAAAGAUUUGAGAGGUUUGCAAAGCUUGUAUGAAGCUUCUUAUAUGGGGAUUGAAGGUGAAGAAUUAUUAUCACAAGCCAUGGAGUUUAGUAAACACCACCUUCAAGCAUCAAUGGAUUGGCUCCAACCUUCUCUGGCUAAACAAGUUGGCAUGUCCUUGGCUUUUCCUACUCCACGAAUGAUGGAAAAGUUUGAGGCUCGAAGAUAUAUCGAGAAUUGGAAGCAAGAUCUUAGAAAGAAUUCAGAAAUAAUAGAGCUGGCAACUCUAGACUUUAAUUCGGUUCAAUCAUUAUACCAAAGAGAGAUCACCGAGUUGAAAAGAUGGUGGAGAGAACUAGGACUUGCUCAUAAACUCCCUUUUGCAAGAGAUCAGCCAUUGGAAUGUUUCUUGUGGACAGUGGGGAUCUUUCCUGAGCCAAACUACUCUGAAUGCCGAAUUGAAGUUGCAAAAGCUGUGGCAAUCCUGUUAGUUCUUGAUGAUAUAUAUGACAGCUAUGGUUCUUUGGAUGAACUCAUCCUUUUUACAGAAGCUGUUCAAAGAUGGGAUAUUGCAGGAAUAGACCAUCUUCCUGAGUACAUGAAGAUAUGCUACAUGGCUUUGUACAACAAUAUCAAUGAGACCAGCUAUAAAAUCUUAAAAGAGCAUGGAUGGUGCAUCAUUCCCCAAUUGACCAAACAAUGGCAGAAAAUAUGUGAAGCAUUUUUAGUGGAAGCCAGAUGGUUUUGUAAUAAUCAUGUGCCAAAACUUGACGAUUAUUUGAACAACGGAAUUACUACCACAGGAACUUACAUGGCCUUGGUUUAUGCUUUCUAUCUUAUUGGGAAACAAGUAACAAAAGAAAGCGCAGACUUGGUGAAUGCUUGCCCUAAACUCUUUUACAACUCUGGAAGGAUCCUUAGGCUCUGGGAUGAUUUGGGAACAGCGAAAGAUGAGCAAGAACGAGGGGAUGUGGCUUCUAGCAUAGAAAUAUGUAAGAAAGAGAAUGGCUUUUUAUCUGAGGAGGAUGCAAGGGAUGGUGUUAGAGGCCUCAUUGAUCAAACUUGGAAGGAUCUCAACAAGGAGUUGAUAGGUUUGAGUCCACUGGGUCAAUCACUCAUCAAAGCUUCAUUAAAUCUUGCAAGAACAUCACAAUUGAUAUACCAACAUGGAGAUGACGAGAAGGCACCUGGAAUUGAAGAUAGUAUUCACUCAUUGCUCAUUGAACCAAUUCAUUAUUCGUGA